AGGGACCAAGGUUCCACCGUUGACAGCCCUUGCCGCCGGCUCUCUCGCAGGCGCGCUCGCCAGGUAUGUCCAUAGAAGGAUGUCCCUGUUCUGAUACUAACCCCCCUAGGAUGGUCACAGCACCGUUGGAUGUGGUCAAAAUCCGGCUCCAGCUCCAAGUGAGCAACACAAAGUACCACGGGAUUAUCGGGACAAUGUCCACCGUAGUGCGGGAGGAAGGCGUGCGGGCGCUCUGGAAGGGCAACGUGCCGGCUGAGAUCUUGUACGUGGUCUACGGUGGGGUCCAGUUUACAACCUAUUCGUUUGUCAAUUCCCAACUUGCCUCCUGGGGCAAGGAAAAUCCACACUGGGCCGUUCCCAGUGCACAUUCCUUCAUUUCCGGCUUUGUAGCAGGGUCUGCCUCCACGAUGGUCACAUAUCCGUUCGACUUGCUACGAACCCGACUUGCGGCAAACACCAACAAGCAGUUCCAGUCGUUUUAUGGAACCAUCAAAGAUGUGUACUUGCACGAGAGCGGUAUACGAGGUUUCUACGCGGGGAUUGCUCCCACUAUGAUUUCCGUGUGUCUCAACACCGGCGUGAUGUUCCAGACGUACAACUGGGCGCGCUGGGCGUCAUCGGCUGUGGAUAUGCCGUUUGCUGAGCCGAUCUGUGGCUUUAUAGCCGGUGCAUUUUCCAAGGGAGUGACCUUUCCCUUGGACUUGCUCAGACGGAGGUUGCAGAUGGUGGGCAGUUCCAAGCCCGCCGUGGACGUUAUCUGCAAGAUUUUUGCCGUGGAAGGAACACGGGGUUUUUAUAAGGGCUUUUUGGUGAGCGUAUUAAAGACCGCUCCUACCAGUGCGUUGACCAUGUGGGUAUACGAGUACCUGCUCAGGCUCUUACUCCACAGAAAGGGGUUGGAAUAGUCAUUAAAAUAGAGGGCUCGGCGGGUAUUACAAAUGGUGAAAUGAUAGAGUUUCAGAGCAAGGAAUAUCACGAAAUGGAAUAGUGGCAACCUUGCAACAGAUAGAAUAGUGAUAGGUUUGAAAAUGCAUAAGAGUAUACUGAUAUCCUCGAUCCGAAAGUAUCAGAGCGGCCGGAAUAUCAAACAGAAUUUAUAAUGAAAGGGUUUACAGAGAGAUAUAAGGAUUGUGGAGCUUAUACCUGUUUCUACGUCGAGUAGCUUUAAACUCAUGGAGGUGAAC